ACAUCAUUAAGAUGCGUGGCGUAGAAAGAUGGACUAAAGAGGUUUACACUUGCAAUGACAUCCACACAUUUCCGCUCCGGUUUAAUUAUAGAACUAGAUCGCGUGCUAUUAUGAAGUAUGUCAGACACAGGAGUUCCUAACACGUUUGAAAGUUAAUUAAUACGCGCAUGCCUUCAUUCGACUGGAGUUUCCAUCACGAACGCAUCCAGUGAUCUCAAGAUUAGCAACAUCUGUUUGUCUGCGCCUACUAAAGGAAACAUGAGGGGUUUGGUGCUGUUCUGUUUUGUGGUACACGUUUCUAUUUCGUUAAACGACGGGGAACCUGUUUCUACCUGCCCUGGAGGCCGACGACCGGUACGCUGUUUUAUAAACCCAUGUGAUUUACCUCGAUGGAAAACCUGCAAUAACAAUCCUACACUGCAAUGUCGGGCCAACUACUGUCAGGGCUGCGAACACGUGCAGUUCUAUGACGUCAAUGGUGUCAAGGUCAACUGCAAUGACGAUCACAGUAUUCAAAAGGAUCAACAAAAACCUGUAGCUGCCUUCGAAGCUCAUAAAUUUUGGCCAUUCAGUGAUCUAUACGCGAGAAUCAAAUCUUUAUUGUAUUUCAAAACUUAAUUUCCAUUGUUAUGGUUUUGCUGUAAAUUACACACUCAAAUGAGUUCUGAUCAUUCUUAAUGUAAUGAUUUCAUUAUACAAUCUCUUCGUUUGAACUAAAUGAAAAUUUGUUUGGCAUUAAAAAUACCGUAUAACUGAAUGUUUUACAUUCGUUGCAACUACUUUCAAACAGAAGAUGACUAAAAUCAUGUAAUUUGUAUAAUGUGAAGAUGUAUUCAAUUCUUGCAAUAAAUUAUAAUGAAUAUUGGAAA